CAAAACAAGCCGAGCCUUUGUAUCUGCUUAAAGGGGCCGCGGGCACUUUCCUGCGGGUCCCCCUCUAUCCCCUCCCGUCGGUCUCCCGGGGACUCCCGGACUCUGGGAAAGGGUGUCCAAGAGGAACAACUCGCCGGGCGCCGAGAGGCUCACAGGAGACGAGGAAGAAAGCAGAGGUAGCCCGUAGCAGCUCCCGCGGACUCAGUGGACGACUGUGAUCCCCUGGAGACCUGGACCCUGGGAUGCCCACCGGGCUCGCGGGCGCGCGCGCGGGGCUCGCCAUGGAGCCCGGAAAGUUACUUGCUUGAGGAUGGAUCGAGUGUGUGUCCGGGGAGGGGUGGACCGAGCCCAGCUUGGCCAAGUUUCUCUCUUCCCGCUCGUUCGGUUGAAUUCUCUAUGCACAUAUAUCUUAUUAUCUUCUGAGAUGUUUCUCCCAUGAGCCAGCGGAGGCUUGGGGGCUCGUGCUGUGGGGGGACACCACCUGUCUCUCAUUUCAUUAUUUUUAUUUUUUGGAGAAGGAGAAGGAGGAGGAGGAGGAGAAAGAGGGGUGUCAGUUCAUCAUGUCGAAAGUGAUCCAGAAAAAGAAUCACUGGACCGGCCGGGUUCACGAAUGCACCGUGAAGCGGGGACCCCAGGGAGAACUCGGGGUGACGGUGCUCGGGGGCGCGGAAAAUGGGGAGUUCGCGUAUGUCGGAGCGGUGGCGGAGGCGACGGCGGGGCUUCCCGGUGGUGGAGGUGGCGAGGGCCCGAAGCUGGUGGAAGGGGAGCUGCUGCUGGAGGUGCAGGGGAUCCGGGUGUCCGGCCUGCCCCGCUACGACGUGCUGGCCGUCGUCGACAGCGGCAAGGAGGCCGUCACCUUCAAGGCCGUCAGACCAGGAGGAAGGCUCAACAGAGACCUGCGACACUUUCUCAACCAGAGGUUCCAGAAAGGGUCUCCUGAUCAUGAGCUGCAGCAAACCAUAAGGGACAACCUCUACCGCCACGCUGUGCCUUGCACAACCCGCUCUCCCAGAGAAGGAGAAGUGCCCGGGGUGGAUUACAGCUUCCUGACUGUGAAGGAGUUCUUGGACCUCGAGCAGAGUGGGACUCUCCUGGAAGUCGGCACCUAUGAAGGAAACUAUUAUGGGACACCCAAACCUCCCAGCCAGCCGGUCAGUGGGAAAGUGAUUACAGCGGGUGCCUUGCACAGCCUUCAGUCUGGCUCCAAGCAGUCGACGCCGAAGAGGACCAAGUCCUACAAUGAUAUGCAAAAUGCUGGCAUAGUGCAGGCAGGAAACGAGGAGGAGGAGGAUGUGCCUGAAAUGAACAGUAGCUUCACAGCCGAUUCGGGAGACCAGGACGAGCACAUUCUCCAAGAAGCAUCACUCCCACCCGUGAGCAGCAGCAUCCUCGCGGCUCCCAUCACGGACCCUUCUCAGAAGCUCCCUCAGUACCUACCUCUUUCUGCAGAGGAUAAUCUCGGUCCUCUACCUGAGAACUGGGAGAUGGCCUAUACCGAAAAUGGAGAAGUCUAUUUCAUAGACCAUAACACAAAAACGACAUCAUGGUUAGACCCUCGGUGCCUGAGCAAACAGCAGAAGCCUCUGGAAGAGUGUGAAGAUGAUGAAGGGGUACACACGGAGGAACUGGACAGUGAACUAGAGCUGCCUGCUGGUUGGGAAAAGAUUGAAGACCCCGUCUAUGGUGUCUACUAUGUAGACCACAUCAACAGGAAGACACAAUAUGAGAACCCGGUGCUGGAAGCCAAGCGGAAGAAGCAGCUGGAGCAGCCGCCACCGCCGCCAGAAGAAUGGACGGAAGACCAUCCCUCCCUUGUGACUCCUAGCGUUCCCUCCCACCCCCCGAGCAAUCCGGAGCCAGCGAAGGAAGUCCCACUUCAGGGGAAGCCCUUCUUCACACGGAACCCCUCCGAGCUGAAAGGCAAGUUCAUCCACACGGAGCUGCGGAAAAGCAGCCGUGGCUUUGGCUUCACGGUGGUUGGAGGUGAUGAACCUGACGAGUUUCUCCAGAUCAAGAGCCUCGUCCUCGAUGGGCCUGCUGCGCUGGACGGCAAGAUGGAGACGGGGGAUGUAAUUGUCAGCGUGAAUGACACCUGUGUCUUGGGACACACCCAUGCGCAAGUUGUGAAAAUAUUCCAGUCCAUCCCCAUCGGCGCCAGUGUCGACCUUGAACUCUGCAGAGGUUACCCGUUGCCUUUUGACCCAGAUGACCCCAACACAAGUUUAGUGACUUCGGUGGCCAUUUUGGACAAAGAACCAAUCAUUGUAAAUGGACAAGAGACCUAUGAUUCACCUGCGAGCCACGGUAGUAAAACAGGCAAGCUGAGCAGCGUGAAGGACGCCCGGCCAAGCAGCCCCGCGGACGUGGCUUCCAACAGCUCCCACAGUUACCCCAACGACACGGUCUCUUUGGCUUCCUCCAUAGCCACUCAGCCAGAACUCAUCACCGUCCACAUAGUCAAAGGGCCCAUGGGCUUUGGUUUUACAAUCGCCGACAGUCCCGGGGGAGGUGGCCAGAGAGUGAAGCAGAUCGUCGACAGUCCCCGCUGUCGAGGUCUUAAGGAGGGAGAUCUCAUCGUGGAAGUGAAUAAGAGGAAUGUACAGGCGCUCACACACAAUCAAGUGGUGGACAUGCUGAUCGAGUGCCCCAAGGGCAGUGAGGUCACGCUGCUGGUACAACGAGGAGGACUGCCAGUUCCAAAGAAGAGCCCAAAGUCGCAACCCCUGGAGAGGAAAGACAGCCAGAACAGCUCCCAGCACAGCGUUUCCAGCCACCGGAGCCUGCACACGGCAUCCCCGAGUCACAGCACGCAGGGCCUCCCGGAGUUCCCACCCACAGAGGCCCCCACUCCCGACCAGCCUGACAGCUCUGGGCAGAAAAAACCAGAUCCUUUUAAAAUCUGGGCCCAGUCCAGGAGCAUGUAUGAAAACCGACCCACGUCACCUUCGCCUGCAUCUGGAUUGAGCAAGGGUGAAAGAGAGCGAGAAAUCAAUUCCACGAAUUUUGGAGAAUGUCAGAUUCCAGAUUACCAGGAGCAAGACAUUUUCCUCUGGAGGAAAGAGACGGGAUUUGGAUUUAGGAUUCUGGGUGGAAAUGAGCCAGGAGAGCCUAUUUAUAUCGGUCACAUCGUACCACUGGGUGCCGCUGACAUAGAUGGCCGCCUGAGGUCUGGCGAUGAAUUAAUCUGUGUGGAUGGGACACCAGUCAUUGGAAAAUCACACCAGCUUGUGGUCCAGCUGAUGCAACAAGCUGCCAAGCAAGGCCACGUCAACCUCACUGUGCGGCGCAAAGUGGUGUUUGCUGCGCCCCGGGCCGAGCCCGAGGUGCCCUCGCCGGCCUCGUCGCACCACAGCAGCACGCAGCCCGCGUCGCUGGCCGAGGGCAAGCGCACGCCGCAGGGCAGCCAGAACUCGCUGAACACCGUGAGCUCGGGCAGCGGCAGCACCAGCGGCAUCGGCUCGGGCGGCGGCGGCGGCAGCGGCGUGGGGAGCGCGCUGCAGCCCUACGACGUGGAGAUCCGGCGCGGCGAGAGCGAGGGCUUCGGCUUCGUCAUCGUGUCCUCGGUGAGCCGGCCCGAGGCGGGCACGACCUUCGCAGGCAAUGCAUGUGUAGCUAUGCCUCACAAAAUAGGUCGGAUUAUUGAGGGAAGCCCUGCUGACCGCUGUGGCAAGCUGAAAGUAGGAGACCGGAUCUUGGCAGUCAAUGGAUGCUCCAUCACCAACAAAUCCCAUUCAGACAUUGUCAACCUAAUCAAGGAAGCGGGAAACACGGUUGCCCUCCGCAUCAUUCCUGGGGAUGAAUCCUCAAAUGCCACCUUGUUGACCAAUGCUGAGAAGAUUGCUACCAUCACCACCACACAUGCGCCCUCCUCUCAGCAGGGGCCCCAAGAGACCAGGAACACCUCCAAACCUAAGCCCGAGUCUCAGUUCGAAUUCAAAGCACCCCAGGCAACACAGGAGCAAGACUUUUAUACUGUGGAACUGGAAAGAGGAGCCAAGGGAUUUGGCUUCAGUCUUCGAGGGGGUCGAGAAUAUAACAUGGACCUCUAUGUUCUGCGCUUAGCAGAGGGUGGUCCUGCAGAAAGGUGUGGAAAGAUGAGGAUUGGAGAUGAAAUUUUAGAGAUCAAUGGUGAGACCACCAAAAACAUGAAGCACUCUCGGGCCAUCGAACUGAUUAAGAAUGGUGGCCGCAGAGUUCGUCUAUUUCUGAGGCGAGGAGAUGGCUCGGUCCCAGAAUAUGGUGGGUCAAACUAUGAAAACAUUCCUUCCUUCCCUGGCAUGACUCCAUGAAUUUGUAUCCAGAACGGCAGCGGGAAAGUCUUUUGUUCCCCCCAUUCACCAGUGUCUUACCAGCCUCUCGCACCAUGUGAUUAUUUGCCUCGCUUGUUCUGAAAUCUCAACACAUUUCAUCCUUUUGCUUGCUUAUGUGGACUGGGGCAUGGUCUGAAAACAAGAUCUUGAUAGCCCCCUUUCUGAUAAUCAGAGAGAACAUUUUGUCUAGUCCGACCAAGGGCGAAGGAAUGUUCAUUUGAACUGUGCCAAACUGUUUCUCAGAUCCGAUUGUUAGCACAAAAUGACUGUCUACUCCUACAAAACAGGAAAGCAGGUCUCCUGAGUGAUAUGUUGAGGCACAAUAUAUAUAUUUUUUUCUUUUUUUGUUACUGGACGGUUACUUAAGAGGCGUGAAAUGUUGAGAUGUUGGGGGCUUUGCUCACUUUCUUUGUGCUCUGUAUGAUGGUAUUUAUCCACCCCCAACUAAAUCAGACCACCUGAGCCCACUACUAUCAAAAAAAAGCAACAAAUAUUGUUGAUCUAUUAGCCAUAUGUUUUUAAAUGAUAAAGGAUGAAAUUGAUCCCCAGUGCUCAUCAUGAGGGAAACAUGUUACUAUACCUUUCCUGUGAGGAAAGCCAGGUUAUACAUAGAGUUCCUCUGUCAUAUCUUUGGACAUGAUUUGAGUAGACAGCAAUGAUCUUUACCUAGCAUAGUGUUCUGAUGGCAAAAUAUUGUAUAUUGUAAUAAUUAUGUCCUAUUUAUUUGAGAUUGUUUAAAUUUUAAAAAGAAAAAAAAAGAAAGCUAUGCCCUAGAUGUAGGGCUUUUUUUUCCCAACCAAAGGUCUACAAAAGUUUCUAUAGAAACUGUGAUCAAAUGGUCCCCAUAUACAUUGGUCCCCUUUAUUCGGGAUUUAUCUGUUACCACCCUCUUUUCUGAAGGUCUCUCUGCACAUUUCCCAGUUACUUGUUGGAUGUGAUGAGAUGCUUAAUUCAGGCACAGCUCGAGGAGGGGAAUAGCUCCUUCCGAGAGCAGCCUUCCCUGGUGUUGGACAUUGAACAGGUAUACAGUAUGAGGGGUCCAAGGUAAGGGAGGAGUGAGUGUCAGAGUAGGACCCUUCAGAUAUGGCCAAACAGGAGGAGGGGGACAUUCAUGACAACAUCAGUUGCCAUGGCUGCACACUGUACUAACCGUCUGACCGUUAGGUGUACUGAUGCCACUGAAACUGUGUAACGUUGUCUCCCUUUCUGUCUUCCCUAUGCUUCUGUCGGAUGUGAGAUUUCAUUUGAGAGUCAUCGUCAGUAACCUGUGUAUCUUCUCCAAACCUAUCUGUUGCACUGAGGAUGAAAAUCCAACACUUAACAAAUGUUCUUUGGGCUAAAAAUAAAGAUGGUGUCAAUACACGGUUUUCCAAGAAGGGUGGGACAUGCCAGGGUGUGCUGCUGUAACGUCUCCAUGCGUCAUUUGGACUAAAUCUCUCUAAUUCUACUGAUUAGAGUCACAAAUGGGUUAAAAAAUAAUGUUAAGUUCCAAUAUUUUUCUGACUUGACUGGAACCUGCUUCUCUGUGAGGCUAUUUUUGUAAUGAGUUUUUUGUACUUAAUUUAACUGCCGUGGGGGUGGGGGGCAGGGAGGGUAUCUGGUUCCUCUGUCGCUUAUUGUUAAUGCUCUCCUAUGCCAGCCUGUCAUUGUUCCAGUUGUUUGAAAAAAAAAAAACACCACAAAACAAGAAAAAAAUAACACACAAAAGGAUGCAUCCAUUGUCUGGGUUUUUAAGUCAUCUCAUGGCUGUCCAAAAACAUCACUGUUCCAACUGCAGUCUCUGCAGCCUUCUGAGCAUUGCCUUAGACUGUCUGACUGGACGAAUAAACUCUGCCCGAUAUUAACAAAUGCA